AUGUCUAACAAUGUAGAAGCAACUAUGCAAGAACCUCAACCACCACAGGUUGACGCGGUGACCGAGAAGUUAGAAACCCUCACCCUCGAGAGUGAUAGCGAAGAGGCCCAGAAGAAGUCUGAAGUCUCAGACAGCUCAAGUGAGCCUUCGCCUCCGCCUAUUUAUAGUAAGCCCAUGACCCCCGGGUACAAUGUGCCAGAGGCGACGAUGCAGGAACCACAAUCACCAGAGGUCAAUGAACUUACCAAGAGACUCAAUAAACUGAAGCUAGGAAAAGAACGCGAGGAAGACCAAGAAGAGAAAGCUGAGGCCGAUGAGAUCACCGAAGCUCAAGCAAUCAUAGAUCGAAUCCGUGCUCAUCCUCGUCGUAGAAAAGUUGGUCUACGUGUGCAGGCCUUGAUGUCGAAGUUUGAGAAGGACGAGAAGGAUGAGAAGUGA